AUAUAAAAUUCAAGAGUACAUGUGAUUUCGAUAGGGGAAAAUCCCUGCAAAUCCAAAAGUCAAAAGUCUCCUGCUAUAAAUGAGAUACUAGUAUCUUUGAUUACAUGUUCUCGAGAAAACAAUUUUCUCGAGAAUUUGCAGAGAAACCCCCACCUAAACAAAAGGUGCUGGGGGCUUAUCUCGAAUGACUUCCUGCUCUUUGUCUACACGGAAAUGAUUUAUUUUGCUCUCCUCUUUAUAAGUCUGAAGCCCUGUUGCCACCUUCCCAAAGAGAGAAAGAAACACAAAAGCCUCACACUCAACAAAUCUCUCUAGCUCUAAGGGUAAUAAAAUAAACGAGGAAAACGUUAUUUGAAGACCCUUUUUCAUCUGUUUUUCGGAGCUUUAUUCACUUUUUUCAUUGAGGGGUUCAAUUUAGUUUUUGGGGUUGAGGUCGUUGUUUGGUAAAUUAAACGAUAAAGCCUUGUUGGAAGGAGAUGAAAAGCGAGGAUCAAGCAAGGUCUUUGUUUGGGAUUUCCCUUACAGAUAGACCAAAAUGGCAACAGUUUCUUAUUUGUUCAUCUGGGUUCUUCUUUGGUUACCUUGUUAAUGGCGUAUGUGAGGAAUAUGUGUAUAACAGGCUUCAGUUCAGCUAUGGAUGGUAUUUUACUUUUGUACAAGGAUUUGUUUACCUGAUAUUGAUACGGCUUCAAGGUUUUACUAUGAAGCAAAUGGUCAAUCCAUGGAAAACAUAUGUGAAACUUUCUGCUGUUCUCAUGGGUUCCCAUGGAUUAACCAAGGGUUCAUUGGCUUACCUGAACUACCCUGCACAAAUUAUGUUUAAAUCUACCAAGGUACUGCCAGUUAUGAUUAUGGGUGCCUUCAUCCCUGGCCUGAGAAGGAAAUAUCCAUUUCAUGAAUACAUCUCUGCUCUGCUUCUUGUUGUUGGUCUUAUCCUUUUCACCUUAGCGGAUGCCCAAACAUCUCCGAAUUUUAGCAUCAUUGGCAUUAUAAUGAUUUUGGGUGCUUUGAUUAUGGAUGCCUUUCUGGGUAAUUUCCAAGAAGCAAUUUUCACCAUGAAUCCUGGCACAACUCAGAUGGAGAUGUUGUUCUGCUCAACAGUAGUUGGGACUCCUUUCUUACUUGUGCCAAUGAUUCUAACAGGAGAGCUCGUUAGGGCCUGGAAUUCUUGUUCUCAGCAUCCAUAUGUGUAUGGGGUGUUGAUAUUUGAAGCCAUGGCCACAUUCGUUGGUCAAGUGUCUGUAUUAUCCCUCAUUGCUAUCUUCGGUGCUGCUACUACUGCGAUGAUAACAACUGCUAGAAAAGCUGUCACUUUGUUGCUGUCAUACAUGAUAUUUACAAAACCAUUAACUGAACAGCACGGGUCAGGGCUGUUGCUCAUAGCCAUGGGAAUCAUAUUGAAGAUGUUGCCAGAUAGUAAACCGGCACCUAGGAUUCCAGUAUCAAAUGUAAAUGCCAAGCAUCAUCCAGAAACCUCUCCCAAAGAAGAUGAAGAGAGAGAGCCCUUAGUCUGAAAAAUAAUGUGCAAUUAUUCAGGGCUCCAGCCCCUAGGUCAAGUUUGCCAUAUUUUUCUGUCUCUUUCAAAUGUUCUCCUAUUCAGUUCAGCAAUUCAUUUAUUUCCUUACUGCAUCACUUGCAUUAUAAACAAAAUAAAAAGGAAAAGGUUACUGUUGCUGUAGGCUGUAGCAUAUCUGUAAGAGUUGGUUGUACUCUUUGAUGCUACAAAGAGUUGAAUUGGUAAAUGGCCUAUCGUUGCACACGGAAAUGUUGGGGGGUCCUGAAAAAGCAGCUAUUGUUAGCAACAAAA